AUGGGUGACCUUACGCGAGGUUUGUUUGAGGCAAUGGAUCGAGGCGCGACUUAUCCGUUCUUGACUGAUGGUGACGCUAGCCUCACCGAAGGAUCGGGCCUCAAUACCGUCCUUGUCAAGAACGGUGUUCUGUACACACCUCAGCGCGGUAUCCUCGAGGGCAUCACUCGCAAGAGCGUGAUUGACGUUGCACGAAUGAAUGGUCUGAAGAUUCGCGUAGAACUUGUACCUGUUCAGAUGGCCUAUAAGGCUGAUGAGUUUUUCACGUGCACAACCGCUGGUGGUUUUAUGCUCAUCACAAGCCUUGAUGGCAAGCCCGUCGUCAAUGGCAAGAUCAGGCUCAAUCGCGAGGAAGAUAUGAGAUGGGUAUUGGGCAAUUCACUAAGAUGA